GUGCUUUAUGUCUUCAUUCAAUUUAUUUUGUCAAAAACUGGUUGUUAUCCACUCACCCAUUUCCGGCUCAAAUCUGGCUAAUGGAGUUAAAUAGAGGAGAAAGAGACUCUGAGGAAGGAAGAAAGGAAGAAAAGAAACUGCACAUUCAGGAAAGUAAGCAAAAUCAGAAGAAACCCAAGAAAUCCCAGAAAAAAAAGGCAAAGCUUAUUACGAUGGCCGGCUUCUUGGGUUCGAUUAGGUUUCCAGUGAUCUGGGCAGCUGCGGUGUUGGUGUUGACGGUAGUGGUGAGCCAAUCGUCGGCGGUCGACGCGAGCGGGGACUACCUGGGGUGGAUACCCAUCAGAUCAAACUGCAAGGGGUCCAUAUCGGAGUGUUUGGCCGGGGAUGAGGAGUUUCAGCUGGAUUCCGAGAUCAGCCGGCGUAUUCUACAAACCACCAAGUACAUCAGCUACGGUGCGCUGCGGAAGAACACUGUUCCCUGCUCCCGACGCGGCGCGUCCUACUACAAUUGCCAGCCCCAAGCUCAGGCCAAUCCUUACUCCCGCGGCUGCAGUGCCAUUACAAGGUGCCGGCGUUAAUUUUCUAUUUUAUUCAAUUUUUUAAAAAAGAAAAUGGGUUUGGUUGUUACACAUGAAGGAGGGAUGGAUUAGAGAUGAUGGGUCUGUGAUGUUAUUGAUGGAUAUAUUGUUGUUAUAAUUCCAAUUAUAUUCGCAUUUUCUCUGUAAAAGAUUAUUGUUAUAAUUCCAAGUAGGUUUUUUUUUUAACUUCUCUGGAUUUUGAGCUGCACAUGACUGUCUCUUAACUCAGCUUGGCCAGAUGUUAUGUGACUCAAAGCCAGAUCUUAUUGUUAUGGGUAAUUUUAGGAUAUAAUAGUUGUUUUGCCUAUUAAAUGUAUUUUUGGGGAAAAUGCUUGUAUUUUAAUAUAUUUAAAUAAAAAAAUAAAAUAAAAUGCUUGUU